CAUUUAAAACAAAGUUUGAUGUUCACCGUCAACCUUCUUCAUCAGUUUUCCACACCUGAAUGAAGAAGUUUUGAUCAUCAGUUAACUUACUUCAUCUUGAAGAUUCAGUAUCUGGGUUUUUAUAUAUUUUCAAUUUUGAUAUCUGGCGAGUGGUGCCUUGACAGGUGACUUUACUGUACGGUUUUCAACUCAAUUUUUCUUAAAGAAGGGUCAUCUUCUUUUUCCUGCUAGUCACAAUCGCAUCGCUGCCAGGGCCCAAUUGAAUUAUUGUUUCUUACUUUAAGAAGAAAGUUUGAUUUUUUUUAUGUAACUACUUCAUUGCUAUAUCAAAGCAGAAAAUUUGUCCCGAUCGAGAUUUCCAACUUGUUUCCUUUCUCUUGGUUGUAUAUUUCCUAGUUUUGUUUGUCACUGAUAUGCAGAAGUUAUCAUGUUUGAUAUAUUUUAGUAUAGUUAGAGCAUAGGGAUCGAUGUCGCUUUUAUGUUGCGUCCCUCUUCUUGAGUGUGUGUAUUGCCUGGCAUGUGCCCGCUGGGCGUGGAAGCGAUGUCUACACUCAGCUGGCCAUGACAGUGAAACUUGGGGGGUUGCAACUGCCGAGGAAUUUGAGCCUGUUCCUCGCCUAUGUCGAUAUAUCUUAGCUGUCUAUGAAGAUGAUCUUAGUCAUCCGAUUUGGGAGCCACCUGGAGGAUAUGGAAUAAAACCAGAUUGGUUACUGCUAAAAAAAACUUAUGAAGAUACUCGAGGACAGGCUCCUUCCUAUAUAUUGUAUCUUGAUCAUGAACAUUCGGAUAUAGUCCUUGCCAUCAGGGGCCUUAAUUUGGCGAAGGAGAGUGACUAUCAAGUGCUUUUGGAUAAUAAGUUAGGGCAAAGGAAGUUCGAUGGUGGGUACGUCCAUAAUGGUCUACUGAAGGCUGCUGGGUGGGUUUUGGAUGCAGAGUGUGAGAUCUUGAAGGAAUUGGUAGAGAAGUAUCCAAAAUAUACAUUGACUUUCGCAGGACAUUCUCUUGGGUCAGGUGUGGCAGCAAUGCUAGCAUUAGUGGUGGUGCAAAAUAGGGAUAAAUUGAGCAACAUUGAAAGAAAGAGGAUCAGAUGCUAUGCAAUUGCACCCGCCAGGUGUAUGUCACUGAAUUUGGCAGUCAGAUAUGCAGAUGUUAUCAAUUCUGUUGUACUUCAGGAUGACUUCUUGCCCAGAACAGCCACACCUCUGGAAGACAUUUUCAAAUCACUUUUCUGCUUGCCAUGUCUACUAUGCGGAAGGUGUAUGAGGGAUACAUGUAUACCUGAGGAGAGGCUGCUCAGAGAUCCAAGGAGACUCUAUGCACCUGGUCGCUUGUAUCACAUUGUUGAGAGAAAACCCUUCAGACUAGGAAGAUAUCCCCCGGUUGUAAGGACAGCAGUCCCGGUGGACGGGAGGUUUGAACACGUAGUUCUUUCUUGUAAUGCCACUUCUGAUCAUGCAAUCAUUUCGAUAGAGAGAGAAGCCCAUAGGGCUCUGGACAUAAUGUUAGAGAAAGAUCAGGUGAUGGAAAUACCAGAGAAGCAAAAGAUGGAGAGGCAGGAGACUUUGCAUGAAGAACACAUUCAGGAGUACAAGGCAGCUCUGCAGAGGGCUGUUACAUUGUCUGUGCCGCACGCUUUUGUGCCUUCUCAGUAUGGAACUUUCGAUGAAGAAGGCAGUGAUAUCUCUCACGGAUCUAGCGGAGAAACAUCAGUUUCGUCAUCUACGAAAAGCAAAGCAAAAGAAAAUUGGGAUGAAUUGAUUGAGCGCCUUUUUGAGAAAGAUGAAUCUGGGCACAUGAUGCUCAAGAAAUCUCAUAGGGAUGAUUGAUGACAUUUUUGUUUGAGAACAACACAUAAUUUCAUUCAUUCGUUUGUACUUCUUACACAUUUAUUAAAUAUGAUGUUUUUGCUUUC